AUGAGCUAUCUUCGCCGAGAGUCGAGUGGGUCUGUGACAUCAGCGGGGAUUAUGCACCACCAAAUCAAGCUGGAUGUUUUUAUUAUCAAGGCAUACAGGCUCCUCACACAUGGUGCUGCGAUCAAUGGCGACGAUGCUAGCGUGGUGAAUACGGCCUCUAGCUCGCCCAACUCCGGAGGACAGGUGAAUGGGUCGGGUCAUAAUGAUAUAUCGUUGUUUCAGAGACUGUCACAGCUUUACAAUGCAACAAUAUCGACGACACUGUUGGACGACAACUCGACGUCUCCAAAGUCAGCAAUCGAGCUGUACCAACGAUUUCAGCAAAUUUUGAAAGAGCUCGAGCUGAGCUACGAGGUUAGCCCGUAUGGAAAGUAUUUCCGACGCUUGGAUAACGGUCUGUGGCAAAUCAAAGAGGAUGGAGAGCUGUUGGGGGAUCAACUGUGGCAGCUCGUGUCGGUCUCCAUAAGCACAGUCUAUGACGCCAAAACGGGCCAGAUGUUGAAUCAGAACAGAAGAAGAGUCAACAGUAUGGCAACAUCCACCAAAAAUUCUCCCUCAGAAGUUGUUGACAACACCCUGCCGCAACAGUUACAAAAGCGACUACAAAAACUUCAACAGGACAACAAGCAAGGGUAUUACACAAAUCCAACGAGUCCCUCGACAUUUUCCGCCAAUGGCAAUGGAAAUGGACGCGGGAAGCGCAAAUACAUAGGUGUGGAGACGCCCGAUGAGGAGGCAGUGGAAGAGCUUCUACAACUCGCCAAAAAACAGAAAGGUGAUCUAGCGACCAUAGACGAAGAUAUACAGCAGCAACCGCAAGUUCCGUCUGGAAGCUUAACCAUCAAGGAGAACGAUCUUUAUGACCGUCUUUUGCGCGAGAAAGACCAAAGAAUAAAACAACUGGAGCGCGAUCUCGAGUCAGAACGCCAAGAAACCUUAUGGCUGCGAAAAAUGUUACUGGAAGACAUGGGCUGCGUUAGAAGCAUGCUUCAGAAGAUGAAUACAAAUAGGUCUAAAGAGUAA